AUGGCCGUGCUCAGGAUUCUGCUCUCCUCGCUCGUUGGCGCUUCGGGGGUCGUCGCCGCCUCACGCCCUUAUUCGUCUGCCUACCUCCAGAAACAAUUCCCCCAAACCUUCACGGACUCCUACAACAUCCUGAAGUAUGUGGGUGGGAUCGGCCCGUACUCAGACCGCGUGGGCUACGGGAUCGAUCCCAAUCCUCCACAAGGCUGUGCUGUUGAUCAGGUCAUUAUGCUAAUGCGUCACGGGGAGCGCUACCCGGACACCACGACAUACGGGAGGAUCGAAGCCGUACUCAACAAGCUGCAUUCCGCAGGUAUUUCUCAGUGGUCGGGAGAUCUCGCCUUCCUGAAUGACUGGACCUUUUAUAUCAACGACCCCGGCUACCUGGAACAGGAGACAUUCUCGGGCCCGUACUCGGGGCUGUUGCAUGCCUUGAGACAAGGGACCGAGUACCGUGCCCGCUACGGUCACCUGUGGGACGGCGACUCCGUUGUGCCCAUAUUCGCCAGCGACUACGAGCGCGUCAUCGAGACGGCGAGAUAUUUCGGCAUGGGAUUCUUCGGGUACAACUACUCCACCAAUGCCGCGAUCAACGUGAUAUCCGAGAAUGCCACCCGGGGAGCAAACAGCUUGACGCCUAGCUGCCCGGCCGACACGGGCUUGCUGGCUUGCUUCUACGCCUCGAGAAGUUUGCCGCAGUUCAACGUGGCCGCGGCGAGGCUGAAUGCUCAGAACCCCGGCCUCGAUCUGAACUCGACCGACAUCGCGACGUUGAUGAGCGUGGCUCCCUACGAGCUUCAAGCCCGUUCUUAUUCACCGUGGGUGGACGCGUUCACGCUUGACGAAUGGGUGGCAUUCGGGUAUAUUCAAGACUUGACCUACUACUAUUGUUCUGGCCCAGGAGAUCCAUAUGAAAUCGCCGUCGGCCAGGUUUUCGCUAACGCGUCCCUGGCACUUCUGGAAGCCGGCCCCAGCCACGGCACAAUGUGGUGGAACUUCGCCCACGACGCCAACAUCACCCCCGUGGUGGCGGCACUGGGGCUCGACGUGCCCUCGUCGCCGCUCCCCAACGACACCAUCCCCUUCCCGAACCCGUACCGAUCGACCGACAUCGUGCCCAUGGGCGGCCACCUCGUGCUCGAGCGCCUCUCGUGCAACGCCACCUCGGCCCCGACCCCCGCGGGCGUCUACAUCCGCGCCCUGAUCAACGAGGCCGUGGUGCCCUGGCCGACCUGCCAGUCCGGGCCCGGCUACUCGUGUCCGAUGGCCGACUACAGCGCCAUGAUCGCCCGCGGGCCCGACUUCGUGCAGAUGUGCAACGUCUCCGCGCUGGGGUAUCCCGAGUACCUCGACUUCUGGUGGGACUUCAACACCACCGCCGAGUUGAACUUCCAGAACGGCAGCAUCCCCUGGCAGCAGACGUAUACCCACGUCAAUGGAUAG